GUCAGCCGAUGGCCCUCUGGGAAGAGGCUUCCGCCCAAGAGGUUGCGGAAUUUCGUGCACACGACAGGGCGGUGGCAGAAGAAAUUGGGCAAGCGUGCAUCGAGGUGGUGCUGAACCAUGACCAACAGGCAGUUGUGACAUUCACGGUUAGCGAGGGGCUAGUCGGAGGCAUCGGAAAGCUGAGCCACAACUUGCAAGGUUUGAAAGAGACCAUCUCCCUGGACUACCUGAGCCUGUCGGUCAUUGAAGACAGGUUCGGCAUGGCAAUAGCAGAAGCCUUCCAAAUGUGGCAUGCCAUGCAAGAGGACACCGACCAUAUGGUGAGGAAUGUGGCUGAGGGGCCAAUGUUUGACUGUGAGGGAGAUGGCCGCGCCUCGUCGUCUACCAGCUCCACGGUCGAUGCUGAGCAGCACGGACGAAGAGAUGUGGAGCACUCCUCCUUGACCGGGGCGGAGGUGGCGCACAUUGAAGGACAUGGGGAGCACUCACAAUUGGCGGAGUCGGAGCAGGACGGGCCUGUGGAAGGCACCGGAGAUGCAGAGGUGGAGGAGGGUCAUGCUGGCUCGACUAGAAGUUGGUGGUGCCGCCAGGAGGACCCGAUUCUGCACUACCUCGAGGUUCCGGCAGUGCUGAGGGUGGAGAUGGACUCGAACCUGGACACGCAGGCUGCGCAGCACAUGGAUGAUGUGGAGGGCAAUGCUAGUGCGGCUUUGGAUGCAUCGUUGGACCGCAACGCCGUCGACAUGGAUGUGGAUCCUGGGAUGAGUGCAGCUGAGCCGUACGUGGUGCCUAGCGCAUGGCAGAGAGUGUUGGCAGCAUGGAACGAUCCGGCUAUCGGGGCCGGACUGCCGGACUCGGCAUUGAGCCACGGGGACUUUCAGCAUGGCGCCGGGCCAACUCCGAGCCAGUCGUCGAGUAUGGAAGAUGAUGCGAUUGC